AUGGCUUCGGACGAGUGGCGGGAGGAUGAGGCCCCCGAGGAUCGGGACUUCCGGGUGCUCAUGGAGUACGCGCAUGGCUUCAUGGUGUCGCAGGUCGUGUUCUCCGCCUGCGACCUCGGUGUAUUCGAUGUCAUUGCAGCCUCUGGAACGGCCGACGUGGGAGCCAUUGCCAGGGCCACAGGGUCAAGUCCCGGCCAUACCCGACUGCUGCUGGAAGCCUGCGUGGAACUGGGGCUGCUGCGGGUGGGGCCGGACGGCACCUUCGCCAACACCCGACUGGCAUCAUCGCUGCUGGUUGCAGGCAGCCCCCGGUGUCAGCGCCACAUGAUGCUCUACCUGGCUGGGACCCCGUACCGCUGCUGGGGGCAGCUGGGCCGAGCUGUCAGGGAAGGGCGGAGCCAGUACGGGCGUGCCGUGGGUGUGGACACCGAGGAGCCCUUUGUUGCCAUCUACAGGUCGGAGCCAGAGCGCCUGCUAUUCAUGCGCGCCCUGCAGGAGACCUGGAGCGUGUGCGGGGGUCAUGUCCUCACGGCGUUUGACCUCUCACCCUUCCGGGUCGUCUGUGACGUCGGUGGCGGCUCCGGGGCCCUGGCUUGCGAGCUCGCCCGUCUCUACCCCGGGAGCGACGUCACCGUGUUCGACACCCCGGAAGUGAUUGCCGCGGCGCAGGCCCCGCCCUUCCAGUCCCCUGGGAUUGAGCCAGUGGUGCACUUCCUGGGAGGUGACUUCUUUCGAUCCCGCCUCCCAGCUGCCGACCUGUACAUCCUGGCCCGGGUCCUGCACGACUGGACAGACGAGGCCUGUGCGGGGCUGCUGGGUCGGAUCAGCAUGGCGGGUGGGGCGGGGACGGCUUUGCUACUGGUCGAGGCAUUGCUGCCCCCAGAGGGUGACCCCACUGGCCCAGCCCGCCUCCCUGCGCUGCUCCUGUCACUCAACAUGGCCGUUCAGACACUCGGGCGGGAGCGCACAGAAGCUGAGUACCGGGCCCUGACGGCCAGGGCGGGGUUCAGCCACUUCCGGAUGGUUCGGACAAGGGGGCCCUAUGCCACCAUGCUGGCCUGGAAGUGACCCUUCCAGACCUGGAAAUGACAUUAUCUGCCCCCAGGAAGGGGGAGAUGACCAUUGACAGUGGUGGGUACUUCCAGGAAGUGAAGUCACAUGCGGAAACAACCCAGAAAGUGACCCACCCACCAUUGAGGGACACCAGAAAGUUACUCCAGCCAACCUGGAGAGGUGCUGCCUGACCCGGAAGUCAUUCCAUCCAUCCAUGUGGUGGGGGAAUCGGUGACUGGUGUCACUGGGGGCAUUUAAGAAGUGAUAUCAUGUCUGAAUGAAUAAAUUAGUUCUCA